AAUAUAUAAUAUUUAACUCAUUUUAUAAUUUUAUAAAUAACGAAUUGUGCUAUAAUAAUCAUCGAAAAGUUUAUUCAAAACACGUAUUAUAUUAUUUCUAUUUAAAUGAAUUCGUUCGGUUAUAUUUAGGAUCGUAUAAACCGUGUUUGAAUUUUUCGUUCCGCCAUUAUCCGUAGAUGGCAUCACAAUCGUGUUAUUGCAAGCUUGCGCAUACCAUAUAUUUAGAUGCAAGUGUUAACAAGAACACUGUUAACAAAGAUUUUUCAUUACUUUAUAUGGCCUUUUUUCUAGCCGGUUUCUACAGUUUAAAUAAGAGUACGAUAAAGAUUGACAGAAUAAAGAGAGAAUACGAUGAAUCGUGUGAGACCGAGAUUAAUAACUUUCGAUGUUACUGGAACAUUGUUAAUGACAAAGUUAAAAGAACAUUAUACCGAGAUUGGAUAUAAAUAUGGCUUAUCAAUCGAGCCGCAUCAAUUGGCGCGAAGUUUUGAAACUAAUUUUCGACAACUCGCUAUCGAACAUCCAAUAUAUGGAAAAUAUACUGGACUUGGAUGGGAAAAUUGGUGGAGAACGAUCGUUCAUAACGUAUUUAAAGAACAAAAUAAAAAUAUUCCUGAUGCGACUCUUGAUAAGGUUGCUAGUGCCCUGAUAAAAUGCUAUAGCACAAGUAAGUGUUGGCAUACAUACCCAGGGACAAUCGAAUUGCUCGAAUACCUUCAUAAACACAGAAUAGUAUUAGGAGUGAUAUCCAAUUUUGAUGUGAGAUUGGAAAAUAUUUUGAUAGAUCUCAAGAUCAGAUCAUUUUUUUCCUUCAUAUUGACAUCAUACAAUUUUGGUAAAGAAAAGCCAGACAAAUCGAUAUUUAUGGAAGCUUUAAGAUUAUCAAAUAAAGAUCAACAAGUAGAUAUUGUACCUCGACAAGCUAUACAUAUUGGCGAUACCAUAAAUAAUGAUUACUUUGGCGCAAAAAAUGCACAAUGGAACGCUCUGUUGAUCAAUCACAGAAAUAAAUCUAUUGACGAGGGGAAUGUUUGUAAAGAUGAUAUUUUUAUAAAUCUUCUAGAUCUACAGAGGCAUUUUGAAACGUUGUUAAAUAAAACGAAUUAAAUAUAACGUUAGAAUUAUUAUUCAUUGUUGGUUUCAAGAUAAUAUUUUCAAUAGUAGAUUCAUCAUAAGUUGCAAAAUUGACUGUUUCUUUUCUAAUAGUAUUAUUAUCAUAACUACUUAGGUAUUAUAGUAAUAGCAAUUAACACAUUGUGUUUAAUGACUUUGUAGUACAAUUUUAUUUGUAUUAAUAAUCCUUUGAGUAUAUUAUGGACGCAUAUAUACACCCAGCAAUAGCAAUCUACAUGGAUUAAGGGUGCAUAUAUGCAUCCAACGAAAGCAAUCCACGUUGACUAAAAACAUAUAUAUAUGUUUAUCAAUUUUUUUAAUCUUCUUUUUUUGUUAUUUAAUCAACAUAGUUCAUAUUAGCAGACAAGUCAUUCUGACCCCAAUAAUUGCAACCAUUAGGCGCAUACCAUCCAUAUAGAGUGCUUCUGCUAUGAGCACUCAGCACUCAAAGGGUUAACUUUAAGAUACCAUUAGAUAUUAAUAUGUUAAUAAUAUAUUAUUAUUAGAUGUAUGUGUUAAUCACGUGCAAUAAUGUUUCCAAUUUCUUUAUACAAUUUAUUUCUUGUUAAAUUUAAAGAAAAUAUAUAUAGAUAUAUAUGU